AGCACCAGCUCACCGCCGCUGGUUUUGCAACGACCAGCCGGGCCAGGCGGGCGGGCCCAGCCCGAGCCCCCGGCGCGCGAGGCCACCACAGGCGAGGCGAGCAGCAAAAACAGCCAGCCAGCCAGCCACCCCCGCCCGCCUCCCUUUCCGUCCGUCCCCAACCGUCCCCCUCUCGCUCGCAUCACAACAAACGCGCUCUCGCCCAGCUUCCGGAACUCUCCCCCCGUCCCCGUCGCCACCGGCAUGGCCUCCGCCGUCUCCGUCGCCACCGGCAUGGCCUCCGCCGUCUCCGUCGCCACCGGCAUGGCCUCCGCCGUCUCCGUCUCCCUCGCCGCCUCCUCCUCGCCCCUCGCCGCCACCUCGCGCGCGGGGGCGGGGGCGCCGCGGCCCCACCACGCGCUCCCGCCCGCCCGCGGCCCGCGGUCCCAGGCCCAGGCCCUCCGCGCGGUCUCCGGCCCCGCCGUGAGCCGCCGGUGGGGCGUCGGGCGCGGCGCGACGGUCGUCUGCGCCGUCCAGGGCCAGGACACCACCAUCCAAGUUCCUGAUGUCACAAAGACAACAUGGCAAUCACUUGUUAUAGAGAGCGAGAUUCCAGUUCUUGUUGGAUUCUGGGCUUCAUGGUGUGGACCUUGCAAAAUGAUUGAUCCAGCUAUUGGUAAGCUGUCAAAGGAGUAUGAAGGGAAGCUGAAAUGCUACAAGCUCAACACCGAUGAGAAUCCAGACAUAGCAAGCCAGUAUGGCGUCCGGAGCAUCCCAACCAUGAUGAUCUUCAAGAAUGGCGAGAAGAAGGACGCGGUGAUCGGAGCAGUGCCUGAAAGCACACUGAUCACAUGCAUCGAGAAGUUUACCGAGAGGUAAAACGCUGAACGGGCCUCCUCGACGGUUCCUCGGCAUUCCAUGUCCAUUGUUCAGUCAGACCAUCGAAAACUCGACGUCAUCUGCGCAAUCUUUCUAUACGUGCGUUCACUUGUGUAGAUAGUAUUGGAAAGUUGCUCUCUGUACCAUCAAUAAAUAGAAUCACAGAAGUGUUAAUGAUAAAAAUCCCAAGGAAGCCUGGUUUCAUUUUGCCAUUCUUUUGGGCUGUAGAUAUGUAGUAUGACGGGACUGUUAAGAGUCAUGUUCUGUAUUAUCAUGUCACAUAUUCCGUCAGUUGAUGUGAUCGUUUCCCUUAUGAACUGAUGAAUCUGUGAUACUGUUUCUAGA